AUGCAAGCUAAUAAUUUUGAUAACAUCCCUUUAACUUUUUCUAAAAGUAAGAAACACUUAAUCGAAUCUCAAAUUGAAGUUCAAUGUAUUAAAACAGACAAAAUCGGCAUUGAUUACACAAGUACUGAUGAUCAUGACCUUAAAAUUACUGAUAAAGAAGAAGACAAAGAUAAUUACAGUUUUGAUACUACUUAUUUAGAUACUUCCUCCUCCAUAGAAAGUUCAAAUGAAUUCUUUGAUAUUCUUCAACAUGGUGUUCAUGAACCACUUGAAACAACAGAUAGUAUCCAAGACAAAAAAGAUCUGUGUUUGGCUGUUGGAGACACUUAUAGCUCUCCACCUAAAAUUUCAAAACACCUCAACACCCCUGUAUUGGUAACCAAGUUAGAAUCAUUUUCAGACAUCAGCAAUACCGCAGAUUCCAAGAUAGUACCAUUAAAUGAGAAAUUCCAAAAACUGUUUAAUAUUACUUUGAGAAACUUGAACCGUGAAACCCCAAAAUCAGAUUUUUUGGCCACUUGCGUUCAAGAUUUUUUCAAUGUCUGGGGAGUCGUUGACUUUCCAGUUUAUAAAAAAUACUCUCAUAUUACUUGGUAUGUCUUUAAUUCAAAACAAGCUGCCAUGUUUUUCAUCCUCACCAUGGGCUUCAAACCCAUUGCUUACCAAGGUUUAGAAACUGGAAAUAAAUAUGUUUGUUCACAUGUUAUUAAAAAUGGCGAUGUUAUCUUGGAAUUUCAGUCACCUAUAAAAUUAAACUCGCCUUUAAAUAAAUCAUCACCAAAAGGGAAGAAUAAAAAGAAUGAAGGUAUCGAUGACCUAGAAUUUUGUCGCGCACAAGAAAUUAUUAGCUUUUUACAAAAACAUGGUGAUGGUGUUAAAGAUAUCUCCUUUGAAGUAAAUAAUGUAGAAGAGGCUUAUAAAAAAGCAUUAAAAAAUGGUGCCAAAAGCGUUAGUCCGCCAGAGAAAAUCUACUACAAUCAGGCAAAUAAUGAUUAUAUUACAAAGGCAACUAUUGAAUUGAAUGCCAACGUUAAAAAUAAAAAUCUUCAAGGGGAUGAGUUGCACCACACUUUGAUAGAUAAGUCAACAUGUAAACUUUUAAGCCAGCAUAUUAAUGAUGAUUUUUUUUUGCCAGGAUAUUACUAUUCGACGGAUAUAAUCAAAAAAAUUUAUUCUAUUGAAUGGCUUGACUUUAUCAACUCCAACUUUCCACCAGUGCCCCUUAAAAACAUCGAUCAUUGUGUUUACAACAAAGAUUGGAAACAGCUAGACAAAACUGUUGAAUUAUACAAAAAAGUUUUUAAAUUCAAGGAAUACAAAGACUUUGAGGAAAAUGGUGCAUUAACAGGUUUUGUUGAUUCAAGAUCUACUGUCUUAUCCAACGAUAACUCAGAAAUACAGUUCAAUAUAAAUGAACCAGUUAAGAGUUUAAGAAAGUCCCAAGUUCAAGAAUUUUUGGAAUUUAAUAAUGGCUCUGGAAUUCAACAUCUUGCCUUUAGAACCACCGACAUACUAAGUACAAUUAGUGCAAUGAGAAAAAGAGGCGUUCAAUUUAUUGAUGUUCCUGAAUCUUAUUAUAAAGCAAUCUGGGAAAAAUUACACAAUCAUAAUAUUAUCUUAUAUGAAGAUUUUAAACAAUUGAAAAAAGAGGGUAUUUUGAUAGAUUUUGAUACGACUGCAGGAAAUUAUUUAUUACAACUAUUUACUAAGCCUUUGAAUGACAGGCCCACCAUUUGUAUUGAAAUUAUUCAAAAAAACAAUUAUCAAGGGUUUGGUGAAAGUAAUUUUAAAUCAUCAUUUGAAUCAAUGGAACUUUUGCAAAAAAAAAAAGGUGUACAAAAAAAAAAGACAGAAUAA